GACGCAAUGCUGUUUCUCUCACGACAGUCUAACUUUAUUAAUCCUUAAACGUCAGACCCUCGCACACACAAGAUGUCGAAUGCGAAGGUGGAAAGAAAGGCUGCGUACUUUGAACGCCUUUUGAGUUACUUCGAUAAGUACUCAAAAUGCUUCAUCGUAGGUGUCGACAAUGUCGGCUCCAACCAGAUGCAGCAGAUCCGUAAGUCUCUGCGCGGUAAAGGUGAGGUCCUUAUGGGCAAGAAUACCCUUAUCCGUAAGGCUCUCCGCGGUGCUAUGGCCGAGAACCCCAACUUCCACAAGCUGCUUUCUGUAGUUAAGAACAACGUCGGUUUUGUUUUCACCAACGAUGACCUUUGUGAGGUUCGUGAUCUUAUCACAUCUUUCAAGGUUGCCGCCCCCGCCAAGACCGGAGCGAUCGCCCCCAUUGAUGUGCACAUCCCUGCCGGUUCCACCGGAAUGGACCCAGGAAAGAUCUCUUUCUUCCAGGCUCUUAACAUCACCACCAAGAUCCAGAAGGGUGCCAUCGAAAUCGUGAACCCCGUUCACUUGAUCAAGGAGGACACUCGUGUCGAUGCGUCUGCGGCUGUUCUUUUGAAUAUGUUGAAGAUCUCGCCGUUCAGUUACGGUCUUAAGGUCUUCCACGUAUUCGAGGGAGGUUCCCUAUACGAUCCCGAGGUCCUUGACAUCAAGGAGGAUGAUCUUCUUAAAGAGUUCUCUGCUGCCGUCGCCAACGUCGCAUCCAUCUCUCUUGCUAUUGGAUACCCCACCGUGGCUGCCAUCCCCCACAUGUUCAUCAACUCGUACAAGAACGUGCUUGCCAUUGCGUGCGAGACCGAUAUCACCUUCCCUCUCGCUGAGAAGGCUAAGGAGUUCCUUGCUGACCCUGAGGCUGCUUUGGCUGCUAUGGCUGCUAACGCACCUGCUGCGCCUGCCGGUGGUGACGCUGCUGCACCUGCGGCCGCUGCGGCCGCCCCCGAGCCUGAGGAGGAGUCCGAGGAAGAGGACAUGGGUUUCGGACUUUUCGACUAAACUGUUGAUCAACGUGGCCUCUUGUUAACUCGAGAGUUGGAAAAGUGCUUCCGUUCGAUCUGCAAUGCGGUUUGAAUCGGAUUUGAAUGUAGGUUUGUGUCACUUUCGCUUCGGAAGUUAGGUAUAAUAAAGCUUCUUGUCCGUUUAUGCGUUGUUUUUAUAAAUUCAAGACUUGUCGGUGUUUGGGUGUAUGUAUGAGAAAGAGUUUGAGUGUAGUACUUGUCAUUUAACAGUCUUGUGUAUUACUUCUAUAGUACAUCGAGAAGUAGUCAAUAUACAAAUUGCGUUAGGUGUGGGUGUUCGUUCGUCUGCGAGUGCAUAAAACAUAACGCAGCUACCUAUUAUGUAAGUCGGGUUCUAUCUGGCUUAACACAAGAAAGUAUGCGGACAACAACGGGUCACUGGUUACAAUUGUAGGGGUUCACUGUGGCAUUUAUGUCACACCUGUUACAUCAUGGCACGGAGACCUAAAUUUCUGUUAUUGUCUUAAAGUUGUGGGGAUAUAUAUACAUCCUGUAUGUUUCUACAUCUCUUACGGUUCAAAUUCGCGAUGGAUUGGUUCGUCGGUCAUUAUUUCACAAGAACAGUUUAUAAAAUAAAAGCUUAGAUCACGAGAGAUAAGAAUGUAUUUUAUUAUUAUUAAAAAAUGAUAAGCUUG